AUGCAAAGGGAGACCAACAAAGAGAUCCUUGCCCAUAGAAAUGUUAAUAAAACUAUCAUGAUGGAAGGUGGAGAUGUAUAUGAUUGCAUCGAUGUGAGUGUCCAACCGACUUUGGAUCACCCAUUGUUGAAAUAUCACAAAAUUCAGAUGGAACCAAGUUCGGUACCGGUUGAAGAAAGUAUAAAACCUCCCUCCCCAAAUGGUGUUUUACAAGCACACCUGUCUAUUGUCGAAUGCCCGAAAGGGAUGGUUCCAAUUCUACGUAAUAAUAGAAUGGGACAUAUAGCAUCAUAUAUCACCGAGCAAGUGAUUAACAAGGAUGAACAACUAGAGGACCCCAAAACGGCGAAUUGGUGGCUGAUGUAUGGUGAAGAAAAGACACCGAUUGGAUAUUGGCCAAGUUCACUCUUCUCUCACAUUAAAGAUAAAGGAAUUUUCUCAUACUGGGGUGGUUUUGUUCAGGGCCCAACAGCUUCAUCAGACUCCGCACAAAUGGGUAGUGGGCAUUUUGCCUCUGAAGGGUAUGGAAAAGCAGCUUUUAUGAGAAACAUCCAGAUUGUUGACAUCAACAACAAGCUGGUCACUCCAAAUAGACACAAAGACCUUCUUGGAACUAGUGAUAAAACAAAAUAUAGUAUUGGUGGUUAUGUAGUUGAUAAUCAUGGUAUGCAUAUGUACUAUGGUGGACCAGGUAAUUUAUUCUGA